AUGCGUCGCAGAAGCGAAAAAGGGGCUGGUAAGAAACCAAAGACCUCACCCGAGAAAAAAGAGAAAGAUAAACCAGAAAAAUUAAGGCGAACUAGGAGCAGGCGGAGGAAACAAUCUUCUUCUUCUGAAAAUCAAUCUGCAGGAGAAACAGUACCAACAGAAACUUCUGUUGUUUCUGAACCUUUACCGGAGAUUAUUCAAGCUGCUACGAAAGAGGAAAGUCCAGAACUGUCACAAGAGCAAGUUUGGCAUGUGAAGGCGGCAGAUACUUCUAGUGAUGGCGAAAUUCAGAAAUUAAAGAUUUGUCUCACACGCCCUCCCUCUACGCCGGAACGUGUUGAUAGAUCCCCUCGCAGUAAAAGGAAGCAUUCGCGUGCCACAAGCUCUAGCGAUACCCCUAGUGUCGAUGACGAUGAGAAAAAGAAACCUAAAUAUCGAACGCGAAAAUCAACCGCAGAAAUAAUAGAAUCGUCAGACAAAAAUGUUGAAGAACCAGGAGAUGAAAUGGAAUCUGAGUCUGAAGUUCAACCAAUAAAAUCCAGCUCUGAAAUCAGUCAGAGUAGUAAGGCUCAGGAAUCCAAAGAAUGCAUACCGGAUGAAACUCCCAUGUCUACUACAAAUGAUGAGGUCAAAGAAAAAGUUGUUUCUAAAGACAAUAAUGAAGAAAGUAUCAAUACAGGAGUUGAUGACAAACAAGUUCAGGCUCAAACGUCUGAUGCUGAUACAACUGUUGCAUCACCAAAACAAGAGGAGGCAGUUAUAACUGAGACAAAAAGUCCAGAAAGAAAAAGAAGCCCUUCAUUGGAACGAUCCGAGGUUCUGGAAUUGCAUGCUGAAGAAAUAAGGUGUGAAUCUUCAGAAUUAAAGGAACCUCAGGAAGAUGACUCAAACAAUCCAGGUAUAUUGCAAAAGGAUGCAGAAACUUCCCAAAAUUGUAGUAAGGUAAGUAUAAAUGAAGCUGAAAAUGAGGUUUCAGAACAAAAAGAGUCUCCUUCUGAGGUUCUUACUCCUGAUAGUAAAAAUGAUGUUGUAGAGAAUAACUAUGAAGAAAAAUUAGAAUCCAGCAAUAAAGUCGAGACCAACAUUGACAAUUCUGUGACAAAUACAGUCACUUCAAACGAAGAAAUAAAAAUGGAGGUUGAAGCUGCAAAACCAACAGAAGAUGUAAAAAUGGAGGUUGAAGCUGCAAAACCAACAGAAGAUGUAACUAAUGGGCAAUCUGCUCCACUUGUUAUAAACAGAAAGAGGCGUUGGGGUUCACGACCAGUAAAAUUACAAUCUCAAAAGUCGAUAACAAUUUCAACUGAUGUUCUUAAAGAAAUAAUACCAGAUGUCAAGCCCACUGAAUUCGAGGAAGUUAUUGAAGAGAGAAAACAUAAAAGAAUUGAAGUCAUAGAAAAAAUUGAAAGACCAGUGUUGCCAAAAAUAGUAAUUGACAAUACAGAAAAUGUUAAUCACAAGAAAGACGUAGAUGAAAAAGACAAGGAAAAUAUGAGAAGUUGUGACACACAAAUAGGUUCAUCAAGAAAAAUUUCCAUUGUAAAAGAAAAUGAUAGUAUUAUGUCAAAGCCACCAAGUCCACCGAGACACCAACAAUCAAAUAUUCUUUAUAUCACCAAUCUGGUCAGACCUUUUACUUUACCACAAUUGAAGAAUUUAUUGCAAAGGACAGGAAGAAUUAUUGAGAAUGGCUUUUGGAUUGAUAAGAUUAAAUCAAAGUGCUUUGUUAUUUAUGAAAAUGAAGAACAAGCUGUUGAAACAAGACAUGCAUUGCAUGGAGUGACAUGGCCCGUAUCUAAUCCUAAGUCCUUGCAAGUGGACUUCUCAACACAAGAAGAUUUUGAUAAGGCAAAAGCAAAUGAAGAUAAGAAUAAUGCUCAGGCCUCUACCAUUCCUGGAACUGUUGAAGAUUGGCUUCGCGAGCAAGAUAUGAAAAGAGAAAAGGGUGAAGCGGACAGACCAUGGGAGAGGAAGGCAGCUAUGCGGGAGUGGGACUUAGGGAAGAACGAAAAGAUUAAAGAGAAAGAAAAACACCCCAAAGAAGAGAGACCAAUCGAUAAGCGGAGACAUCGGUCACCUGAAAGAAGCCCUGAACCAGCGCGGAAAUUUAAAAAGAAGGAAGAAGAAGCACCUGCAAAACUUUUAGACGACUUGUUCAGAAAAACUAAGACCACUCCUUGCAUAUAUUGGCUUCCACUCUCUGCUGAAACGAUCGCAAUAAAAGAGGAGCAGCGACGGCAGCACAUGGCUGAAUACGAGCGACGAAUGCACGAAUCUCGGCGUCCGCCUCGCAGACAUUAA